AUGGACUCUCCGGCGUGGCAGACAGAGAUGACAAUCAUCAAAUUUCAUGAAAUGCUCCGUAUAGACCCCACCGUCGGCCCGGAGCUGGUAAACAAAUAUCUCGAAGCAAUCAAGCAGCACGACGGGACCCUCAAAUCUCUCAUCACCGUAAACAACACAGCCCUAGAAACUGCAAUUGAAAAAGCCACCGAGACAGUUGAAUUCAACCAGACCAGCAAGCCAUUCCCAUCCCUACACAGCGUGCCCAUAAUCCUGAAAGACAAUUACAGCACCGCAGAUCUACCAACAAGCGCGGGCGUGAAAGCCCUCCAAAACCUACGCACAAAAGAUGACAGCGAAGUUGUCUCCCAGCUACGCGCCGCAGGAGCAAUUAUCCUAGCAAAGGCCAAUCUACAUGAAUUCGCCCUGCAGGGAAUCACACUCUCAUCGCUCGGUGGGCAGACGCUGAACCCAUACGACAAGACCCGCACACCGGGCGGAUCCUCUGGUGGGACAGGCGCAGCGCUAGCGGCGAACUUCGGGCUCGUGGGGUGCGGGACAGACACGAUGAACUCGCUGCGGUCGCCUGCGUCUGCAUGCGGGAUCGUGGGGUUCCGGCCGUCGACGGGGAGGGUGUCGUGUGUGGGGAUUGUCCCUGUAUCCCACACGCAGGAUACGGCCGGGCCGAUGGGGAGGACUGUCAAGGAUGUAAGAAUCUUGUACGGGGCCAUGAAGAGGCCGGAUGGGGAGAAGGUGGAUUCGACGGAGGUAUCAGAAGAAGUGAUACACCGCUCCGGGCAUCAAGUUCGAAUUGGAGUCUUGGAGGCUUUUUUCCAGCCUGAAAGUUAUACAGAUACAACCGUGCAUUCGGAGUAUAUGGCUGAGAACCAGAUUGUGCAGGACAUUAUUCGGUCGAAGUUGGAGUCUAUACAGGAACAAGAUGCGAAUAUCACCUUGGUACCUAUCACCCCAUCCAGCCAUCCAGACUGGAGUUACGAGACCCUGUUUGCACAGGCGGAUACACAGGCUUUCGAGUUUAAGCACUAUCUUGACGAGUUCCUGCAGUCGCCACUGAUUUCGUCAACACCGCAUCGAUCACUGGAAUCUAUUGCCCGGAGCGGCGAGUUUGAUCCACAAGCCAUGACGCACGUUUUUUCUGCAGCACUGGAAGAUCCCGAAACUUGUUCACUGACGAGCGAGGCAUACCGACGUCGACUGGAGUAUAUUGCUUCUCUUAGGAAGUCUGUGAAUCAAUGUUUUGAUAGAUACGAUGUUGACGUGCUGGUAUAUCCGCACCAGACUCAGCUCGCGGUGAAGAUUGGCGCGAAGAAGCAGUCAGGACGGAAUGGCGUUUUGGCUGCGUUGACGGGGAGGCCUGCUAUCUGUAUUCCCGCUGGGCGAAGCCCUAAUACUGCAUCUGCUGUGCUUGGUGUUCCUAUUGGAUUGGAGCUGAUGGGCCGCCGUUGGGGAGAUGAUGAAUUGCUAGAUAUUGCGGAGCGGGCUGAGGGGAUUCUUAAGGGUAGAGUGGGACCUCUUCUUCAUUGA